AUGGGCAGAGAGCAAUGGUUCGUGUUUGUUUCGGGUGCUUCGGCUCAGGAAAAGAUGAUCGCUCUCGCCCGAAGAUUGGCCGUGACUAUUAUCCCGACUCAGGUGGAAAGACUGUGCACAGGCGAGCUCGGCAAUUCAGGAGUCAGUGCUGAUCUCACGCAGUUCUGGCUGUCUCCAUUGCCGGUACCGAUUGCUGGAGCUAGAGCUGGUCCUGGGGACGAGCUUUUUGAGAUAAUUGCCGGCCGCGUAACGGUUGGCUCCAUUUCCUCGUCAUGCCGGAGGAAUUGA